UCUCGACCGUCUUGGUCUCGCAAUGGCCUUUUACGAGACCAACCUUGCGGUACUGGCUGCAGUCAGUGCUUACCUGCUCUAUCGACAACAUCAGUCCGACAAACAAAAUUCGGCGACAGACUCCGAGAGUGGAGUGAAAAGUGCACUCGGACAAGAUGCAAUCAAAAGAUUCAAGAGAGCCUUCUUUCCAGCAUAUGCGCUGGUCUGCGCAGCCGACUGGCUUCAGCACCUGCCUGAAACGACUGUUGCAGCCCUCUAUGCUAGCGGGUUUAUUGCCGGUGCUCUCAGUGCCUCUUUUGUUGGUCAGUUAGCUGACAGGUACGGACGUCGAAACGCAUGCCUGCUAUAUUGUGUCAUCUACUCGACCGCAUGCUUUUCUAUGCUCUCUGAUGACUUGCUCAUCUUGUUCGCUGGUAGAGCUUGUGGUGGUGUCAGCACGACGUUACUGUACAGUGUUUUUGAGACUUGGAUGAUUGCCGAAUACCACGACCAAGCGCUAGAUGCUUAUGGAUUGAGUCUGGGAAGCAUGUUUGGCAAGAUGACCACGCUCAGUGGCGUUGUUGCAAUCAUCUCUGGUGUGGUUGGUGAUCUCUUGGUCAGAUCACUCGACUCAAAGACGAGCCCUUUCAUGGCUAGUGUUGUAUGCCUAGUGCUGGCUUUCGUCUUUAUAUCAAAGCAUUGGAAUGAAAACUAUGGAGACAAUACCACUAGCAAACAAAAUUAUGGCGAGUCUGUCACUCUUAGUAGUAUUCUUCUCGGUACGCCACAUCAUCGAAGGUUUGUCAAGAUCGAAAAGGCUGACAUGAUANUAGAUCCAAAAAUCAUCUCAGUCGGCCUCGACUCCUGCUUUUUCGAAGGCAGCAUGUACAUGUUCGUCUUCUUCUGGUCAGCUGCUUUGUCCACUGUACACUCUGCCAUUGAUGUUGCCGACUCGCUUCCUUUCGGCGUAGUCUUCAGCUCCUACAUGUGCUCCAUGAUGGUGGGCUCUAUCGUCUUCACCAUUAUACCACCGUCUCAUGACAAAGCACACUACAUCCUCAAGAUUGUCUUGACCAGUGCAAGCAUUUGUUUUCUCUCCAGCGUCUUGCUCAAAAGCGAGGCAUUGGUGUUCUGGGCCUUCUGUCUGUUCGAGGUCUGUGUUGGUGCAUACUUCCCGAGUAUGGCGUCUCUAAAAGGCAAACUGAUUCAGGAUGGCAGUCGUGGUAGGAUAUAUGGUAUUCUCAGACUGCCAUUGAACCUCUUUGUCCUCGCAACACAUAGUCUUGCUGAAGAAGACCGACACCGUAACAAUGUAUUCUUGACUUGUGGUGGACUUUUGAUAGUCGCCUUUGUCGUUGCACAACGUUUCCUCACAUUUCAGUCU